AUGCCCCGCGCUGAUAAGACCAUGACUCGUGACUACUCCGCGCGACCUACUGCGCUCUCCAACUUCACACCUCCAACUUCUUGCCACAACUUUCCUACAUCGCCGCUUCUGCGAAUUAUGGCGGAUCAGACAGAUCGUGUCUUAUGUCAUGCCUGCGGUGGGGUCUCUUUAAAAGAUGACAGGGGGGGUAUGCUGUCAUGUUCGCACUGCGAAUCUGACUUCGUGGAGAUCAUCGAAAUUCCGCCCGAUAAUGACCCACAUGAAUUGCCUUCGGAUGCUGGAUCGCCUACAAUUUCUUCAUGGAGAGAUCAAGAUCCUUGGAGGCAUGAGGAAACAGAGCCCUCUGGCUUUUGGCCCAACUCAAGUCCCCCGGGCUUUGGGCAUACUAGGCCACUUGGCUCACAACAAUAUUCCCACCACACAUAUAGGUCUUCCGAUGGUAGAUUUGCAUUUACCAGCACCUCGACGCGUGGGGGAUUCUCGCCCCGCCAAGGAGCCGCUGCUACCAACCCUACGGUGCCGAUGAUGCUAAAUAGCCUGGAUGAGAUAUUCAGAGCACUAUCCGAGACCGGUCUUGAUAACCGAGGAGCAAGAGGCGCUGCGAUGGAUCCUUUCCAUGCACAUACACCGGGGUGGCAAGAGCAUGAUCACCCAGGGUCCGAGUCAUUUCCUGAUCCUGACGAGGUACCCCCGCGAGAUCCGGAUGCGCCGCGAUUUGGAACUGCGCCAGUGGACAGCUUAGCUGAGUACGCGUACUCCCCAGAUUCGACAGUUACGCGCCGAAGGACCCUCAUCCGGGGCUUCACAAAUUUUGACAUUGCUAACGACGACUCUAGUCUUUUUGGGGCCUUUCAACCAGAGUAUGGACGAAGACGAGGAGUACCCGGUGCUCGUGGAGCGCCCCCUAAUCCUCUCGGAAUGAUUUCAGCCAUCCUGAACUUGAAUCGCAGCGGCGAUGCGGUAUAUUCGCAGGAGGAGUUGGACCGAGUUGUAUCACAGCUGAUCGACCAUAACGCCCCGGGAGCGGCUCCACCUCCCGCAACUACUACGGCUAUCCGAUCGCUGCCCCAGAAAAAGGUCGACCGGCAGAUGCUGGGGUCGGACGGAACCGCAGAGUGUUCAAUUUGUAUGGAAGCAGUGGAAAUUGACACAGAAGUUACUGUAUUGCCCUGCACACACUGGUUCCACUUCAGCUGCAUUGAAGCAUGGCUCAACCAACAUAAUACCUGCCCUCAUUGCCGCCGAAGUAUUGAUUCUACCCAUUGUGCAACUGGUGAAAAUACCAAUCAGAACCCAUUUAUAGCCCAGCAUAACCCCACAACUUCCAAUUCUCCACCCUCUGGCCGUCAACGACGCCGCAGUUCUCCAUUUUCUUCCCUGGGUAGGCGAUCAUCUUCCAGGUCCAAUGCAGGAUCACCGCCGAGACUUUCGUUCAUUCCAGAUGGCAAUACUAUCAGGCGGUCCAGAGUUUCCAGUCAUUCCAGCCAGAACAGCCGCAACGAAGGGCAACGUGGAGGUUUCACAAACUGGGUCUGGAGCCGAUUUGGAGGUGGAAAUAACUAA